CUACCCUGGCCAAAUUCAGCCACAAGAUAAAACAUAAAUGGCUUCAGAAGAGUUUCAGCUUCUUAUACUCACUAGUUCAUAAAGUCACAGUUCUCAAAACCUAAUUAGCCGUUGCUGCAAACAUAUGCUUCAUAUGCUUCAGGAGACCCUUCAUAAUAGAAAAACCCAACUGUUCCUGGGGAAAAAAAAAAAGAAGAAGAAGAAGAAAAAGAAAAAGAAGAAAGACCCAGAGGCAACAGGUUCAUCACUUUGGCUCAGCCCAGGCAGUGCCCAGGGCUGACCUAAAAGAAAGGCAAUGCACUAUAAAAAUGUGUAGAGUAGUGUCUCUGGCAAGAUCACAAUCUCCAGUGACAGAAUUGGCAUUCUUGUGCGCUUGUAUUUGUAACAGGUAGGUUCAAGCUGGAAUCAAGAUAUUCCUGGAAUCAAGUCAGUCAGAAUCAGCCCAAGUCACAAGCAAGAGAAGUCAAAAUACACACCAGGAAACGGCAUCACCGGCACCAGGAUAAAGACCUUAUUUGCAGUAGGAGCUUGGAACAAGGAACAAGUAGAGCUAGAAUAAUGUCAGCAGCUAAAGGUAGGCCUUGAGAAUGGGGGCUAGGAGCCAGAGUCACAAUAUGACUCAGGAGCCAUGGAAAGGGUUACAAAGAGUUAAAAGCAGAUAUCAAGUAUGUGGGAAACCACAUGCAUCAAAAAUAUACAGACUUAAAAUCCAUCCCUCAACUACUAGGCCUUAUCUGAUCCUUAGUUUUUUAAAACUCUUUACAGUCUCCUGCUAGACUGAAAGUCCAGCAGUGCUUAAGAGUAUGGCCAUGAUCUGCUAAAGAGACUUUGAACCAUGCAGUAUUCUUACAUAUUUCAUCCAUCUUUCAUCUCUGUAUUCUAUUACCCUUGAAAAUGGCACUCUUUUGCAGUAAUAAGACUUCAUAUCCAUACAAGUGGCUAAAGGAAAACUAUUGAGUCAGAUUUACUGCAGUCUGAAGCUAUAAUGAGAGCUCUAAUGAGCCCACCAUGACUAUGUGGGGAGUCCACCUGAGGUACUGGUUUGCAGUUGUUUGAACUGCCCUGGCUGCUGGCCCUGUUCCCUUGAACUCUCUCCUCGGCCUGCUGGCUGUUAUUCACUUCUUGUACCUUAGAGCUGCUGUCUGGGUGGCAGUAGCACUGCUGCCCAGAAGAGGGAGAAAUGUGUCACUGCUUGCUUGUCCUGCUGAUACCUGUUGCCUAGGGCUUUUACUCCUUGGAGAGACAGUAUAAAGUAUUCUCUGCUUGCAAGAACAGCCCAGGAAAAUAAAGAUUGUGUUUGUCUAUCAUAGGCACUUAACAUUUCAGUCUCUAAAUAUCUUUCUCAACUUUGAGUGGAGUUGCUUCCCGCCGGAAGCAUUAUCCCUGGGGAUACAUUAUUGAUACUGUUAAAAAACCCUCACAUUUUGCUCAUAACAUGUGGCUGGUGUUGCGCUCUAACCUCUCCAUGUAGUGAGUAAUAAUUUUUUUCCAUUAUGACAGUUUAACCUGACACUUCCUCCUAAAACUGGACAAUUCAAUGAGUCUUACAUUUUAGGAUAUGAUUCUUCAAGUUUGCCUUAAAGCAUUGUUUUUUCUGUGUGUCAGUUUACGUUUUUAUAGGAUAGGGUACACCAUGAGUUUACAGAAGUUUGGAUGUGAAUCCUGCUUUGGUAAAUCUAAGUGAUUUCUAAAUAAACGAGGAGUUUCAAAGAGAUGACUCAGCCCUAUUGCUUUACACAUAUUUCUUCCUUACCCACUGAUCCUACCUCCGUCCAGGCACCCUGAACAGAAUCCUUUUCCACUACAGCAGGAGUAAGAAUGAAGGGACAUUUCUAUUGAUUCAAGAUGCAAGAAUAUUAGGACAAGUCUUUAGGGGAAAAAGAUUAGAAACUAGGAGCUUUUCUUUUCUUUUCUUUUCUUUUCUUUUCUUUUUUUUUUUUUUUUUUUUUUUUUUUUUUUUUUCUCCCACAUAUCUUCCAGCUUCUUCACAAGGAGAAGGAUGCUUCCUUUCUUCAUUCUGGUAUUUUGUUUACUUCUUUGCAGACACCUCCCAUGACUUUGAUGAUGUUUUUCUACACCAAAACCUAGUUUUUGUUAAAGAAAAUUUUUCAUUCCUUUCUUAAAUAACCUUUUUGUGGAAGAAAUGUGACAAAAUGUGAAGAAACAAAAAGAGAUUGUAGAACGCUAUAGGAAAAUUAAAUAUGCAAACUUUACAUGGUAAUCUACAUAAACUCUUCUUCCAACUUGUGAAGUAAAGUGAUUUUGUUUGGCACAGAGAAGGUGGAGUCUGUAAUGAUAAUUUCUGUAAUGGGAUUUGCAGACAGUUGGGGUGGGAGGUGUGUCCUCCUCUACACUAACUUCACAGAGCAGAGUGUCUUUUAGGGCAGGUUCCCACAUGUUCACUCAACUAAAAGGUGUUUUGCCUGACUUGUUUGGCUGUCUAUUUCAAAAUUGUUUAGAUGUUGCUUUCCAGAGGAAUUCAGAGAUACGUAAGGAGGAUGAUUACUUCUAAAUUCUAGACUUCAGAAACUAAAUACCAGAAGCCUAGGACAUUGAUGCUGUAUGAAUUCUUCAGUGCUGCUAUAGGGUCUUUGUGAGGCUACUGACAAGCUACUUCUAAAUCAGACACACCUUUGGGUUGGGCUGUUUUGGAAACUAAGUACUUGAUGAGGCGCAAGGUAUGAUCUGCUAGGGACAAGUGAUUUUAUUUUGUGUUUUUACACGUACUUUUAUCAGCUGAUGCAGCUGACUGAGAGUCUCCUCUGUAAGUAACAGACUGGGGUGGAGGAGUGGUGACCUGUAGUGAGCCUUCCCUGACUUUUUCGAAGUGGGGAUUGCUGGCUUUCAGGCAGCUGGGCAAGAGAAAAAAAGGGACGUGAUAUGGGGGUACCUUUAUUUGGGGAUAGCAAGCCCUUCUAUUUCCGGAUGUGGAAUGGACUAAGUCAGAAGUUGCAAGGCAAAAAAUCCUGGGAUAAACAUCUGGACGAAAUCUACUUACUUCAGCAGAAAAGGAUCUGGGAAACCCCACUCCUCCAGGCUGCCAAAGAGAACAACCUUCCAGCCAUUAGGAAACUUCUCACUGAUGGAACAUGUGAUAUAUAUCAGAGAGGUGCAGUGGGGGAGACUGCCCUUCAUGUAGCUGCCUUGUAUGAUAAUGUGGAGGCUGCAGUGACUCUGAUGGAAGCAGCUCCGGAGCUUGUCAAUGAGAUGAUGACAUCAGAGCUCUACGAAGGGCAGACAGCUCUCCACAUUGCAGCAGUGAACCAGAACAUCACUUUGGUGAAGGCAUUACUCAAGAGAGGGGCCAAUGCCUGCACAGGACAGGCCACUGGGCACUUCUUCAGGCGCAGCUCCCAGAAUCUUCUCUAUUUUGGAGAGCAUGUUUUAUCAUUUGCUGCCUGUGUGGGAAAUGAGGAAAUUGUACAGUUGCUCAUUGAAAAUGGAGCUGACAUUAGAGCUCAAGACUAUCUGGGUAACACUGUUCUUCACAUCCUGGUUCUCCAACCCAAUAAGACAUUUGCCUGCCACAUGUACAGCCUGAUACUUUCCUAUGACAGGAACAAAGAAGGACCAGGAUCAAUUGAAUUGAUUCCUAACAAUGAGGGGCUUACUCCAUUCAAACUGGCUGGAGUCGAGGGUAACACUGUGAUGUUUCAAUACCUUAUGCAGAAGCGAAAGCACAUUCUCUGGUCCUUUGGCCCCUUGACUACUGUGCUCUAUGAUCUUACAGAGAUUGACUCCUGGGCUGAAGAUCAGUCAUUCCUUGAGCUCAUUGUCUCAACCAAGAAGAGAGAGGCACGCCAGAUCUUGGACCUAACACCUGUGAAGGAGCUGGUGAGCCUGAAGUGGAAUAUGUAUGGCCGUCCCUAUUUCUGUUUCCUGGCUUUAUUCUAUAUACUCUACAUGGUCUGCUUCACUAUGUGCUGUGUCUACCGACCACUGAAACCCCGAAUGGGCAACAAAACAAGUAGCAGAGACAAUACAAUCUAUGUCCAGAAAAUGCUACAGGAAUCCUAUAUGACAUAUGAGGAUGAGCUGAGGCUGGUGGGGGAGCUGAUUACAGUCAUUGGAGCUGUAGUAAUUUUGAUCCUUGAGAUUCCAGAUAUCCUUAGAGUUGGAGCAGCGAAAUACUUUGGACAAACUAUCCUAGGAGGGCCUUUUCACAUAAUUGUCAUCACAUAUGCUUGCAUGAUUCUAGUAACCAUGGUGAUGCGUCUCACCAGCACAACUGGUGAAGUGGUGCCCAUGUCCUUUGCCCUGGUGCUAGGGUGGUGCAAUGUCAUGUACUUUGCACGAGGCUUCCAGAUGCUUGGACCCUUUACCAUCAUGAUUCAGAAGAUGAUAUUUGGCGAUCUUAUGCGCUUUUGCUGGCUCAUGGCUGUGGUGAUACUAGGCUUUGCAUCAGCUUUUUACAUCAUCUUCCAGACAGAGAACCCUGAAAACCUUGGGCAGUUCUACAAUUAUCCCAUGUCCUUGUUCACUACCUUUGAGCUGUUCCUCACUAUCAUUGAUGGCCCUGCAAACUAUGAUGUGGACCUGCCCUUUAUGUACAGCGUGGUAUACUUUGCCUUUGCCAUCAUUGCCACCCUUCUUAUGCUCAACUUGUUAAUUGCCAUGAUGGGUGACACUCAUUGGAGAGUGGCCCAUGAGCGGGAUGAGCUCUGGAGAGCCCAGGUUGUUGCUACUACUGUCAUGCUGGAGCGGAAACUGCCACGGUGUCUCUGGCCUCGCUCUGGAAUCUGUGGGCGGGAAUAUGGGCUAGGGGACCGAUGGUAUCUCAGAGUUGAAGACAGGGUUGAUCCCAACAAACACAAGAUGAUGCGCUACACAGAAGCAUUUAAAGCUCAGGAUAGGGAUAACUGUGAAAAAGGUUUGGAAAAGCUGGAAAUCAAUAGGAACACCCUGUACAAGAAGGAUCUUUCUGCUCUGUCAUUGUCACGAAGCACAUCCAGGACUAGUUCUCACCGUGGCUGGGAGAUCCUGAGGCGCAACACCUUCCACCAACUUUGUGGAGAGGUGGGUCAUGCCAUGGAAGAGGAGGUUUAUGAUGUCUAAGAAGCCUCUUUUUUUACUCCACAACACAGAUCACUUUUGCUACAACAGUUGUCUUCUCCAACUGUUCAUAGGCACUCCAGCUACACGCAUUUGUCAUCCUUGAAGAACUCUGCUGGUGAACAGUUGAUGAACAGUUCAUGGCAUCUAUGCUAUGACAUACAAAUGCAGUCUUUUCUCUUCUACUUCUAAGUGUCCCUGCUGUUGCACUGAUACUUGCACCAAGCUGGUGUGCUUGUUGAGCUAAGGUCUGUGGUGGUUUGUUAUGUUUUGCAAUGCCCUACAGAAAUGAACAAAAGAAGCCACCAAUGGUAUUUCAUCCAUUUACAAAGAAGUGACCAGUAAGCCCUCUCCCAGGCUAUUACAUACAGUAUAAUCUCUCCCUCCCAUUUCACAAAAUCCCAAUGCUCUCAUAGCAAAGACAGCUGACUGAAGUUCUGUUUUAUGAUUUGGUACAGAACUGAAAAAAACCCACGUAACUAAGCUCAGGAAUGAAGGUAGUUGCUGACACUGUGAUAAUUAAAAGGACUGUAUCUACUCAGCUGGCAUUCAGGGCCUGACAGAUUUUACCCUCUGAAAAAACACAGUCUCUAUUAGCUGUAUUUUCAACAUUGCUAUCUUAAAGGACUCUUUUGGUUUUGGUUUCAUUUUGUUUUGGUUUGCUUGGUUGGGGUUUUUUCGGUGGUGAGUUUUUUUGUUUGUUUUAUUUUGUUGUCACAUGAAUGCACUUUAAGCUUUUGAAAAGAAGUGAUUGCUAUUCCUGGGAGGAUUCUGAAGUAUUUGAAGUAGGACAUUCUUUUCCUAAUGAAGGCAUAUAUGACUUGGUUAGGUGACUUUCAGCAGUGUGACAUUUCAGCAGAGCUAUUAAUGUCCCAAGUGAGCUGAAGGGGGUCUUUUGCUUUCUGUGGAAGAGUAGCAUUCUGAACCAUGGUUCUCUGACUUACUACUGAGCCAGCAAGGUUGGGUAGUAACCUACAAUAUAACACCAAAAGAAAUGGAGAGGAAAUGUUUGAUAGAUGAGUAAGAGCUAUUGCAGAGGCAGUUCAGAAACUGGUGCUCUCUUUCUCUCUCUCUGUAAGUCUAAAACUAUCCAAUGAACAACUGAGUCAUCCACACAGUUUUCUUCCAGGCACGAUGCUGUGCCAGCCUGUCAGCUUGUCACCUGCCUAGGGCCACUUUAAGAACAAUGGAGAAAUGUUCAGAGAAAUGGACUUUCAUUUCAGUUUUUUUUGUAUUCUCAGGACUGUGGAGUUUCACUCCAGUAGCAGAAGUAGGUGGAAAGCAAUCCAUGGUCUUAACAUUUCCUUCCAACAGGACUAGUAACAGAAACUUUGUUUUUUGAGAAACCAAGGUUUAUUACAUAGCACUGGACUGUGAGCCAAAUCACGCUGUGAUAAUCAAAGCAGAUAAUGAAAAAGCUGAAUCCAGUGGAUUUCUGAUUGUAUUGAAAGAUCGCAGCAAACACCUCCUAUAUCUCCUCUCUUGCAGGUGUUGUAAUGAGCAUCAUGAUCUUUGCAAUUAGUUAUGUGUUAGUGUUUAUUUAAAUGUCCCCUUUCUCUUACUUGAAUGUGCAUCUAUGCUCCAAUAGAAGACUGACAGAAGACUGUGUCUCUGGAAUUCAACUGUAUAUUUUUGACUCAUUUUGUUGAAUUGAAAGUGUUGCCUGGUCUUGCUCACUUAAGUAUGUUCAGUCCUUCCCCAGACUUUUGGGGUUUGUACUGAUGGUUCAUGGAGAUGGGAACAAUAUGGCACAUUAACCAGAACUGUGGAUUGCUGCUCUAAUUGUCAUAGUGAAUAGGAAAUAGCAGGAAGGGGAGAACUGAUGACUUCCUCCUCCUUCCCCUGCCCCCAAGUAUAGUAGUCUUUUCACUAGUUUGAAAACCUGCAGAAAUACAAUUAAGAUGGAGCCACAUAUAGCCAUUUCUACAAAAGAACUCCUCUUUGUGACAUAAUAAUAAUAAUAAUAAAACUAGUUUGAAGUAUAAGCUCUGUAAAUCCUGGUUCUGAUUUUGUAUUUGUCCUGGUUUCUGCUGGGACAGAGUUGAUUUUCUUCCUAGUAGCUGGUAUAGUGCUGUGUUUUGGAUUUAG